AUGUUUAGAGCCAUUCGGCGGCUGCAUCAGGUCGCGAAAACAUCCGCAAGCACCGAGAAACAGUUCGUCAGCACCCAGGCUACCAGAAUGGACUUCUCACAGCCUUUCGAAGAGGAGCGACUUCCGUGGUACAACUCAGAUCAAUUUUAUCCCGUGCGCAUGGGCGAGAUAUUCCACUCCAAAUAUAAAGUGGUGGGAAAGCUCGGGUACGGCGCACACUCUACAGUUUGGCUUUGCCGAAACAUGAAGUAUGUGGUACUUUCGGAUCUAGCCUCAUACAUCGCUGACUUCUUGAACGGAGAUACUGGCUUUGUGGCCAUAAAAGUCUGCAACCGACAAGUUGCCCAGUCCCCACGCAUUCAUCGAGAGUUGCGAUUUUACGAGCACGUCAGCACUCUCAAUUCGGAGCAUUAUGGCCAAGCCUACAUUCGUGGCCUCUUCGAGACAUUCACAAUUGACGGUCCCAGCGGUCAACACUUGUGCCUAGUCCACCCGCCGAUGCACAUGACGAUUGGAGAACUUCAGCGCCGGAAUCCGUCCCAUCGGCUCAAUAAGCAGAUUUUGAAGUGGACUCUGUUCAAUUUACUCAGCGCGCUCUCCUUUCUACAUGAUGAAGCUAAGGUGACGCAUACAGAUAUCAAUCCGUCAAACAUUAUGUUAACUGUCGCCGAUGAGUCUAUCCUCGAGAAUUUUGAAAGGGGCGAAAUUGAGGAGCCCUCGCCCAUGAAAGCCAUUGAUGACGUCCGCACAAUCUAUGGCUCCCGCAGUCUAGGUCUUCCAAAAGAUUCCCUGUGGGGCCCGCCGGCACUAUGUGAUUUUGGAGAGGCUCGAAUCGGAGGACCUCAUAAAGGACUUAUUCAGCCUGAGAUGUAUCGUGCUCCCGAAGUGUUGUUCAACAUGGAAUGGAACACAAGUGUUGAUACCUGGAAUGUUGCUGUCUUGGUAAAUAUGGGAUCUGUUUUUGAGAACCGACAUUUAUUUUAUGCCCUGGACGAAAACAAAGAGCCGUCAGCGACUCACCAUGUUGCUGAAAUGGUUGGAUAUCUUGGUCUCCCUCCUUUUGAGUAUAUACAACGAAGUGAAGUCACAAGGAAGGUUUUUGAUGAACAAGGUCGCUGGAAGGGCGCAGGCGGGGUAGAUGUGCCACUGCUCUCACUUGAAGAGUCGGAAGAGGUUUUGGAUGGUGAAGAUAAAGAACGAUUUCUCAAAUUCAUGAGAUCAAUGCUAAGAUGGCUACCGGAAGAGAGAAUGAGAGCUUCUGAACUUCUGAAAGACCCGUGGCUACAGGGAGAAAUUCCUUGA